GCUCCCCUCCCCGGCCCCGACGGGCGGGCGGGCUGCCCUGAGGAGGCGGGGAGGGGAGGACUGGGCCGGCCGGCGGGCAGGCGACAAUGCCGAACUUCUGCGCGGCCCCUAACUGCACGCGGAAGAGCACACAGUCGGAUCUGGCCUUCUUCAGGUUCCCGCGGGAUCCGGCCAGAUGUCAGAAGUGGGUGGAGAAUUGUAGGAGAGCCGACUUAGAAGAUAAAACACCUGAUCAACUAAAUAAGCAUUAUCGAUUGUGUGCCAAACACUUUGAGACCUCUAUGAUCUGUAGAACUAGUCCUUAUAGAACAGUUCUUCGAGAUAACGCAAUACCAACAAUAUUUGAUCUUACCAGUCAUUUGAACAAUCCUCACAGCAGACACAGAAAACGAAUAAAAGGAUUGAGUGAAGAUGAAAUCAGGACACUGAAACAGAAAAAAAUUGAUGAAACUUCUGAACAGGAACAAAGACAUAAAGAAACAAACAACAGCAGUGUUCAGAACCCCAGUGCAGAAGAAGGGGGUGAUGAGCAAGAUGAAGACAUUUUACCGUUAACCCUUGAGGAGAAGGAAAACAAAGAAUACUUAAAAUCUUUGUUUGAAAUUUUGAUUCUCAUGGGCAAGCAAAACAUACCUCUGGAUGGACACGAGGCUGAUGAGAUCCCCGAAGGUCUCUUUACUCCCGAUAAUUUCCAGGCCCUGCUGGAGUGCCGGAUAAAUUCUGGUGAAGAGGUCCUGAGGAAGCGCUUUGAGAGCACGGCCGUCAACACGCUGUUCUGCUCGAAGGCGCAGCAGAAGCAGAUGCUGGAGAUCUGUGAGAGCUGCAUUCGUGAGGAAACACUCAGGGAAGUGAGGGACUCUCACUUCUUCUCCAUCAUCACUGACGACGUGGUGGACAUAGCAGGGGAAGAGCACCUGCCUGUGUUGAACAGUGAAGAAAGAGGCAAGGAACUGAAGGAAAUUUGCCACUCUGAGUGGACAGUCAGGCAUGAUGCGUUUGAAAUUCUCGUGGACCUUCUGCAAGCACUUGUUUUGUGUUUAGAUGGUAUAAACAGUGACACAAACAUUAGGUGGAGUAACUGCAUAGCUGACCGAGCGUUUGUACUCUGUAGUGCAGUCACAGAUUUUGAUUUCAUUGUCACCAUUGUUGUUCUUAAAAAUGUCUUGUCUUUUACAAGAGCCUUUGGGAAAAAUCUCCAGGGCCAAACAUCUGAUGUCUUCUUUGCAGCCAGUAGCUUGACUGCAGUCCUGCAUUCGCUGAAUGAAGUCAUGGAAAAUAUUGAAGUGUAUCAUGAAUUUUGGUUUGAGGAAGCCACAAACUUGGCAACCAAGCUUGAUAUUCAAAUGAAGCUCCCUGGGAAAUUCCGCAGGGCGCAGCAAGGCAACCUGGAGUCUCAGCUAACUUCUGAGAGUUACUAUAAGGAAACCCUGAGUGUUCCAACAGUGGAGCACAUUAUUCAGGAACUUAAAGAUAUAUUCUCCGAGCAGCACCUCAAAGCUCUUAAAUGCUUAUUUCUGGUACCGUCAGUCAUGGGACAGCUGAAAUUCAACACAUCAGAGGAGCUCCAUGCUGACAUGUACAGAAGUGAUCUACCCAACCCCAACACUCUCUCAGCAGAGCUUCAUUGUUGGAGGAUAAAAUGGAAACACAGAGGCAAAGAUAUAGAGCUUCCAUCCACCAUUUAUGAAGCUCUCCAUCUGCCUGACAUCAAAUUUUUUCCUAAUGUGUAUGCCUUACUGAAGGUGCUGUGUAUCCUUCCUGUGAUGAAGGUGGAGAACGAGCGCUAUGAAAAUGGACGAAAGCGUCUCAAAGCGUACUUGAGGAACACUUUAACAGACCAAAGGUCGAGUAACUUGGCUUUGCUUAAUAUAAAUUUUGAUAUAAAACAUGAUCUAGAUUUAAUGGUGGAUACAUACAUCAAACUCUACACAUCUAAAUCAGAGCUUCCUACAGAUAAUUCAGAACCCAUUGAAAAUACUUAAGAGACUUUAAA